GGAUGGGCGUCUACUCAUCUCAACCGUGAAUCCUUCACACUAUGAUAUUCCGUAUAGCGCCGCUAAUUGCCGCGCUCUUCCUCUUCAGUCAGGCCAUUGCGGAGAUUGCGCCCGAGAUCACGACUGUAGCCGAAGGCUUCAACUUUAUCGCCAAGCUCCCGUGCCUCGGGUGCCCAUUCCUGUAUCAGGAUACGUCGAAAGGAAAAGACGAGCCAUGGACUGAGAGAAAGCACGAGAACGCUCUGCUGCUGAACAUCAGCCUUCCGUACGACUCGGCACACUUGAGCAUCAACAACGCGCCUCUCCUUACUUCUUCUAAUUUCCUCCCCCGGAUAUAUGCGAAUCAGGUUUUACUCGACACUUCGACUGAAGAUGUACAAAGCCUCAUUUCCACUAAUAAACUCGAUGAUCUCGGAGGUGCGUAUUUCGGCCUGUCGUACAGCUACUCGCUGCGUCGCAUCAAAGACUCCAAAGCGCUGCUAUUCCACUUCGACAUCAUGGAACUCUGGAGCGAUCUGCCCGAAAGCCCCAUCACGGUGAUUCUAGAAGAUUCAAGGCAAAAAGUACUCGAAGUAGUGCUGCUCCAGCGCCCACUGCUAUCUGCCGGCGACACGGGGAGCGGAAUGGAGAUCAUCCGCGCUGAACUCGUUGCGCGGCCGGAAUUCGAUGACGCGCGUAAGACGAGAAAGUCCAUGUGGUUCCACGACUGGGAUGCCCACGGGAAGAAAGGCACGACGUCGCACAUGCUCAACUCGGCGUCCGAUUCCGUCACUACGUAUAUAAGCUCUGGCAUCUGGGCGCUUCUUCUUUUCUCGCUGGCGGUUAUUGCUUUCAUUAUUGUGAUUUGCUUGUUUUGCAUCUUUGGGUUUGGGUGGCACAAGGAUGAGUAUGAACGUGCGCAGCAUAGGAAGAGGAGGAGUAGUGCGAGGGAAAGCGGGACUUGGGGCGGAAAUGAUGUUGAGAAAGCGAGGAAGUUUAGGAGCGCUGAGGAGUUGGGGUUACGGAGUGGGGCGAGGGUAGUAGGCGUGGGGAAGGCUGAUUGAUGGGUCAAGACUGCAAAAGGAAAGGGGGGCUUAGAGUGCACAGAUGAACGACUGAAUGAAUGGGAGAUGGUCUAUAUUUGACAGUGUACAGAACGCCCCGAAUUUCGCCACCUUCCUCCCAUGUGCCUGUGUAUAUUAUAUUGUGCUUUUCCGUGUAUUAUUCCUGAGUCGCGUAGAUGAGUACUUCAAGAGGCCGCCCAAUGUCUGCAAUUUCGAUUACCUGCAGGUCUAUCCAAAACAAUUUUCGCCGUCGCUAUGCAGUUCGUGUAGGUGAUCGUGAAGUCGUGAAUACGCAUCA